AUGCAAUUGAAACAGACUUUAGCCACUGCUGCCCUAGCCUCUACUGCAAUGGCUGCCUACAACCCAGCUGAACCAUGGACCACUUUGACUCCAUCUGCCACUUACGCCGGUGGUUUGACUGACUACACUACCUCUUUCGGUAUUGCCGUUCAGCCAAUUACCACUUCUGUCUCUGCUGCUUCUUCCGUUGCCAAGAGAGCUGAAGCCAUUUCCCAAAUCGGUGACGGUCAAAUCCAAGCAACCACAUCGACCAAGACUACCGCUGCUGCCGUCUCUCAAAUCGGUGACGGCCAAAUCCAGGCUACCACCAAGACUACAACUGCCAAGACUACCGCUGCCGCUGUUUCUCAAAUCGGUGACGGUCAAAUCCAAGCCACCACCAAGACUACAACUGCCAAGACUACCGCUGCUGCCGUUUCUCAAAUCGGCGACGGCCAAAUCCAGGCUACCACCAAGACUACAACUGCCAAGACUACCGCUGCCGCUGUUUCUCAAAUCGGUGACGGUCAAAUCCAAGCCACCACCAAGACUACAACUGCCAAGACUACCGCUGCUGCCGUUUCUCAAAUCGGCGACGGCCAAAUCCAAGCCACCACAUCUACCAAGACUGCCGCUGCCGCCGUCUCUCAAAUCGGCGACGGCCAAAUCCAAGCUACUACUAAGACCACUUCCGGUAAGAGCACCUCAUCUAACACCACCACCACUUUAGUUGGUUCCAAAUCUUCUACAUCUGCUGCUGCCAGCACCGCCUCUGCUGCUGCCGACUCCAACGACCCAAUCACUGCUCAAACCUGUAUGACCGACUCUACUCUAGCCAUGGUCAUCAAGAAGGGUGAAUUAACAGAUGCCAAGGGCAGAAUCGGCUCUAUUGUUGCUAACAGACAAUUCCAAUUCGACGGUCCACCACCACAAGCCGGCGCCAUCUACGCUGCUGGUUGGUCUAUCACCCCAGAGGGUAACUUAGCCAUCGGUGACAACGAUAUCUUCUACCAAUGUCUAUCCGGCAACUUCUACAACUUAUAUGAUGAAACUUUAGGUGCUCAAUGUACCCCAGUUCACUUACAGGCCAUUGACUUAGUUCAAUGUUAA